AAUUUUAGAGUUACUUUAUAACAAUCUGGUGCGGCAAAUAAACAAAUCUUUUGACAUACAAAAAAGCAUUCACAUGUGAGCGCAGCAGUCAGCUGUUGCAGCAAAUUUUUUUAACCAGGGCUGCCAAAUGUGUAUGAUUGUCGGUUUGAUAAAAAAAAUAAUACACACAAGAUAUAACAACUAAGCAGUGGCUUUUAUUUAUAAACAUUAGUGUGCGUUAGCGACAAACGGAGUCAAGACGACGCACAUUAACGUAUUGUUACGUACACUGCGAAAAGUGUCUGUGAGUAGGGCGACAGUAAAAAUGCACAGCUGUACGCUGCUAAAAGAUGAAGCCAGUUAUCAACCGGAAACCUUGGACCUUAACACAGAUGCACAGGCCGCCGCUUAUUGGUUUCCCUGCUUUCGCGAACUGGUGCUAAAGUUUGCCAAGCAAGCGGCCAACAGUCAAAAGGAUGAUGACACGGCAGCUGAGCGAGCGGCGCAGUUUCAGGCGGCCUAUCUGGGUCAGCUGGAGGAGCAUGAAAACAACAUAAGCAAUCAAAGCGGCAAAACAGUGCUGGGCACAAGUGAGCUGCUUAAACUGAACGAGACAAUGCUGCGACGCUAUGGCUUUACUGAUCCAUGGCUGCAGCAAAAACAACAGGAGAAUGCAUCGGCCAAGGCGCGUCUCAAGCAGCGACUGCUAGAAAUCGAUGCCAUAACCAAUGAGCAGGCACGCUGGACGGAGCUAGUGCGUGGCGUGCUUGCUGGCAAUAUGUUUGACUGGGGCGCACAGGCGGUGGCCAGCAUACUGGAGCAGGAUAGCAACUUUGGACUACAUGCAGCGCUGGAACGCAUAGAACAGCGACCCUGGCUGCUGGAUAAUCUAGACGACUGGCUGCAGCGUCUGCGCAUUAGCGAAUCGCAGCCGCCGCACAAGUGUGCGGUUAUGUUUGUGGACAAUAGCGGCGUCGAUGUGGUGCUGGGCGUGCUGCCGUUUGUGCGUGAGCUGCUCAAGCGCGGCACCAAGGUGCUGCUCUGCGCCAACAGUGAGCCCUCGCUAAACGACGUCACCAGCCACGAACUCAGCGCGCUGCUCAACGACUGUGCCUGCCAAUGCAGCGUGCUGGACAACGCCUGGCGCCAGGAACGUCUGCUGGUCUAUGCUAAUGGCCAGAAUGGACCCUGCCUGGAUAUGCGCACAUUGCCGCAGGAACUGUGCGAAGCCAUAGCUAAAAAUGAGACUGAUUUGCUCGUCAUUGAGGGCAUGGGACGUGCUCUUCAUACCAAUCUAAAUGCGCAAUUUAAAUGCGAAACCCUGAAGCUGGCGGUGAUCAAGAAUCGUUGGCUGGCCAAAUAUCUGGGCGGUGAUAAGAUGUUUGCCGUUAUUUGCAAGUACGAGCAUAGCUAGUGGCCACUGUUUGUUAAGUCGACUGUACUGUUUUUUUUUUUUUUUGCAAAUAAUUGUUAAUUGUUUAAAAACCCAAAAUGAGAUUUACAAAUGCUGGUACCUAAGUGGGGAUGUGGGAAAUUCUAUUGGAAGUCUGUUAAACUUAUAUGUAUGUUAUACGUUUUCUAAACGUAAGAAUAACGUAAGCACCAAGCGCAACUAAGCAAACUAAUCAAAUGUAUAUUUUAUAUACUAAAACGCCUUUCACUCAAGCUCUUCCCCGUAAGCUGCAUCUUGGUCUGCUUACGUUAUUUUCACGUCUAGAGCGUAGUAACUCUUUUCACAACUCUGUCAAUUAUAAUGAGUAAAAGCUGUACAACUAUGUUAUGAUAUAUUU